ACUCGGAAGCUAACCGAAGUAAAAUGCCUGCUUUAAAGCCCUGGGACCCCGUUCCCUGGCGGGGCGAGCCCCUAACCCCACCGGGCCCCCACAGCCUCGGCCCGCCCCGGGCGGUGCCGGCCCGGCCCCCGGGCGGAGCGGGGCUGCCUCCCGCCUCCCCUCGCCUCACUGCCUGCUCCCGGAGGCUCCGGCUGUGGUGGUGAGCGGGCACCGACCGUCCUCAUUCGCUUUCUGCAGACUCGGACUCGGUCCCGACCCGGCGAGCUGCGAAAUGGCGAAGUCCACAAGAGGCACCGUGACAGCGUUCUCUCCUUUUGAUGCCAGAGCUGAUGCAGAAGCCCUUCGUAAGGCCAUGAAGGGAAUGGGGACUGAUGAGGACACUAUUCUGAAGAUCCUUACCAGCAGAAAUAAUGCUCAGCGUCAAGAAAUUGCAUCUGCCUUUAAAACACUAUUUGGCAGGGAUCUUGUAGAUGACCUGAAAUCAGAACUCACUGGCAAGUUUGAAACACUGAUGGUAUCUUUGAUGAGACCAACGUAUAUUUUUGAUGCUCAUGCACUGAAGCAUGCAAUCAAGGGAGCAGGAACCAAUGAGAAAGUGUUGACUGAAAUUCUUGCCUCCAGAACACCUGCUGAAGUGCGGAAUAUUAAACAGGUUUAUCUGCAAGAGUAUGAGGCUAACUUGGAGGAUAAGAUCACAGGAGAAACAUCAGGCUAUUUUCAGAGAAUGCUGGUGGUCCUUCUGCAGGCAAAUAGAGAUCCCGAUGGCAGAGUUGAUGAGGGUCUUGUUGAGCAGGAUGCUCAGGUCUUGUUUAGAGCUGGGGAGCUGAAAUGGGGAACGGAUGAAGAGAAGUUCAUUACCAUCUUGGGAACCCGAAGCGUUUCCCACCUAAGGAGGGUAUUUGACAAAUAUAUGACUAUUUCCGGCUUUCAAAUUGAAGAGACCAUUGACCGUGAAACCUCUGGUGAUUUGGAGAAGCUGCUUCUGGCAGUUGUGAAAUGCAUCCGAAGUGUGCCUGCCUAUUUUGCUGAGACUCUAUAUUAUUCCAUGAAAGGGGCUGGCACUGAUGAUGACACCCUGAUCAGAGUUAUGGUUUCGAGAAGUGAAAUCGAUCUGUUGGAUAUUAGACAAGAGUUCAGAAAGAAUUUUGCUAAAUCGUUGCAUCAAAUGAUUCAGAAGGAUACGUCUGGGGACUACAGGAAAGCACUCCUGCUCCUCUGUGGUGGAGAUGAUGAGUAAUGGUGACAAUGACACGAAGAAUUUGUUGUAUUCCAGCUUUGCAGCCCUUCAGUUAGCAUGCCUAGCUAAGUUUUUGCAUCUUAAUGCUUUCUGGCUGUUUGAAUUUAUACUAGUAUUGCACUUAGUAAAAACGAAUGUAUUAUCCAGCUGAUAAUCAGUCCCUCCUUCAAGUGCCUUUGGAGAGUAUGCAGAAGUCCUCAUCGUGCAAGAUGGGUCCUGAACACAGAACCCAGUUAUUUGCAAGUGUUUUGCUGAAAUAGGGAAAAAAAAAAAAUCAUGUAUUUCCACUAAUAAUUUAAAGACCUUUUUUUGCUUUUAUUCUCUACGUUUCCACUGAAUGUUAAGCUAGUUUUAACAUUGCAAAUGAAGAAAAGGUAUCCUUUGUAUGUAAUAUUUGAAUGAAUUUGCUGAUCAUAAUAAAACCAGUCAUUGGAAGUCUAAAGAACCAAUAAAUUUUUUCCCUCUCA